ACACAUGCUCUCCUUGACAAGGUUUCUUUUUCUGUCUCUAUUUAGGAAAAAACGUUCCUCAGUGUAACUACACUCAGGACCUUAAAAGAUUCAUAAAUAUUUGUACACAGGUCCACAUCUGCCUCCCCAUGCAGAACUCCAUGAAAUGAAUAAAGCACCACAGCCUAUAACAGGACCCCCCUCCACCCCCCACCCUGCCCCCUCCCCUGGCCUUUCACAGCCCUCAUUCCCCCCCGGGCAGUCCCCUUCUAUUGUGUUUGCCACCCCACCGCCUCCACAAAUGAACCCAACACCACAGCCCCGACAGUUUGCCCCAGGGCCCCGACCUAUACACCAACAGCCCUAUUACACCAACAGGGCCAACCUGCCUCCCAGCAGUGGGCCUCGGGGUGUCCCUCCCACUAGUGGCCCUCGGCCUGUGACACCCACCCAUGUCUACCAGCCGGGCCCUGGCUCCCAAAUGAUGAUGAUCCCCGGGCAACAGUUGCCCUUCCCCAGCUCGCCACAGGGACCCGCUUACUUCAUACCUGGACAGUACCGGCCAGCAACCUACGUGACCACACCCCAGCAAUACCCAGUCCAAGCAGGCACCCCCGGCUUCUACCCAGGCACCAGUCCCGCUGAAUAUGGUACUUAUGCAGGGGCCUACUACCCCGCCCAGCCUCAGUUCACCCCCUCGGUGCAGCCGGCACCCGUCAUUAUGAACCCAGCCCCACAACAGCAGCAACCACCACCUCAGCCUCCCCAACACAUCCACACCAAACGGGAACGUAAACAGAUCAGAAUAAGAGACCCUAACCAAGGAGGUCGAGACAUUACAGAGGAGAUUAUGUCAGGGGGCCGCAGUGGCUCUACCCCAACCCCACCACAGACAGCCAUAUCGGGAUCAGAAAGUACAGCAGUGGUGCAGGCCAACGGUGAGAGCGUCACAGCUGCUGCUGCACCAGUACUGGUUAGACCAGAUGACAGAGGGAAACCUACGCCCCCUCCUCUGUCAAAGACCCCUGAACUUGCUAAGGGUGACCCCACCCCCACAGAGGCUUCCUCCUCUGACACGAACACUAAGCCCCCUGCAGCCCCUCUACUAACAGAGGCGGAGGACAUCAACCUCAACACUACUCCCACUCCUGCACCCAGUGCUCCUGUUGCAGAUGUGAUGGAUGCUCCCCCACCACCCAGGGAACCCACUCCGACCCCCCUGUCUGCGCCGGAGGUGCCUGCUUACCCUGCACCCCUCCCAGACCCUGUCCCCACCUCUGUCGCACAGGACAAGAAAACCACAGAGGUGAAGGAGGAGGAGGAGGAGGUAGAGAAAGUGGAGGAGGCUGAAGCAGAGGAGGCAGCUGCCUCUCUGGAUAAACCCCUCGCACCUCCCUCCACCACGAACGGCGUCGAAGAGGCGGAGCCAGAAAGGCCCUCCGUCACGCUGCCACCCACUCACCUGGAGGACCCUCUGGAGUCUCCCAUCGCACAGCCGGAGGAGCUCCGCCUCCCCAACGGCCUGCCACUGCCAGCCCCUCAAGACCCCGAGGAGCCCGCCGACAGUACGGCCGAGCGUGACGACAGCCCCAUCGCUGAGCCCGACCUCAGCGAGCCGCCUGUUGUUCACACCUCCACAGCCGUCACUCAGGCAGCACCUACACCUGAUGUCCAAGCCACACCUGCCCCUGCUGAACAGCCGGCACCUGCACCUGCACCUGCACCUGAGCCGGCUCCCGUUGUCCAGGAGAUUCCUGAUCCGGUUGUGGAGGCCGUGCCCGCCCAGCCCGAGGUACAAGACACUGUUGUUCCUCCAACCGCCAUUGAAAUCAAAGAAGAUACCCCAGUGCCCCAGUUAGCCGCCAAGGAAGAGAAGCCAUCUCCUGCAGAGACGGUUUCCAUAGCUGACAGCACCCCGGAAACAGUGGCCACGCCUCCCCCUCCCACAGCAGAGGAGAGGGAGGACACCCCUCCUCCCCAGACGGUCACCCCCACCCUUGUAGAAACUACUAUGCAAGCCGCUGUGUCUGUGCCAAAGAAAAAGAGGAAGAUGAAGGAUUUGAACAAAAAGGAAGCAGUAGGAGACCUCCUGGAUGCCUUUAAAGAGGAGCAAGUAGUGGCUCCGCCAGAGCCCGAGCUAGCCCCUGUCCCAGCACCAGAGACCCAGCCCCCUGCCGCCUCCCCUCCUGCCCCAGAGGAGGCAGACCUGACCUGGGAGGACAAGGAGGACAAAGAGGACAAGCAGGACGCUGAGAACAUUCAGCCAGAUUCUAAUCCCAACGACACUGACAAGAAGUACCAGUACAAAGAGGAACAAUGGACACCAAUUGACCCAGAGAAGAAGAAGCAAUAUGACAGAGAGUUUCUUCUGGGCUUCCAGUUCAGCUCAGCCAGCAUGAACAAGCCUGAAGGUCUGCCAGCCAUCAGUGACGUCGUCCUCGACAAGGUGCAACCUCUCACAGCAAAUAAGACCCCUCUGCGUCAGCUGGACCCCAGUCGCCUACCAGGAAUGAACUGCGGCCCCGACUUCACGCCCUCCUUUGCCAACCUCGGCAGGCCUGGAAUGGGAGGAGGAGGAGGAGGAGGAGGCGGCAGAGGGCCACCUCCAGGCAUGGGCAUCGGAGUCGGCGGUCCACGCCGCUCUCAGCAGAUGCAGAGGAAAGAACAUCAAAGGAAAAUCAUCACCACCAUGUCACUCGGCGAAGACAUACAGCUGAACAAGGCGGAGAAGGCCUGGAAGCCUUCGGUGAAAAAACCUCGCAACCGCCCAGCAGAAGAAACGCCUGCAGACAACGAAUCAGGAGACCAACAGACACAGGAGCUGUUUAAACGUGUUCGCAGCAUCCUCAACAAACUGACGCCCCAAAAGUUUCAACAGCUAAUGAAACAGGUGACGGAACUGACUAUUGACACUGAGGAGAGAUUGAAAGGAGUCAUAGAUCUUACCUUCGAAAAGGCCAUCUCGGAGCCGGACUUUUCGGUGGCCUACGCCAACAUGUGCCGCUGCCUUAUGGGGCUUAAAGUCCAAACCACAGAUAAGCCGGGAGUCACUGUGAAUUUCCGCAAGCUGCUGCUAAAUCGAUGCCAGAAGGAGUUUGAAAAAGACAAAGAUGACGACGAGAUAUUCGAGAGAAAGCAGAAAGAGCUGGAAGCUGCCUCAGUGGCGGAGGAGAAGCAGCGGCUCAGUGAUGAGCUCCAAGAUGCUAAAGACAAGGCGAGGAGGCGCUCACUGGGCAACAUCAAGUUCAUUGGUGAACUGUUUAAGCUUAAAAUGCUCACAGAGGUCAUCAUGCAUGACUGCAUUGUAAAGCUGCUGAAAAACCAUGAUGAGGAGUCUCUGGAGUGCCUCUGUAGACUGUUGUCCACCAUCGGCAAGGACCUGGACUUUGAGAAGGCCAAGCCCCGUAUGGACCAGUACUUCCAUCAGAUGGGAAAAAUCAUAAAGGAGAGGAAGACCACCUCCAGGAUCCGCUUCAUGCUGCAGGAUGUGCUGGACCUCCGAUGGAACAACUGGGUGUCCCGGCGAGGCGACCAGGGCCCCAAGACCAUCGACCAGAUCCACAAAGAUGCUGAGCUAGAGGAGCACAGGGAGCACAUGAAGGUGCAGCAAGCCCUCAUCUCCAAGAAGCCUGAAGGCCCCGGAGGUAGAAUGGGUGGUGGAGGGGGUUCUGGGGGUCGCGGAGGCCAUCACACCCCAGGCCGUGGUGCGCCUCCCCAGGACGAGGGCUGGAAUACAGUCCCCAUCUCCAAGAACCGACCCAUCGACACCUCUCGCCUUAGCAAAAUCACCAAGACUCCUGUUCUCGACUUCAAUAAUCAGUUGCUCGCCCCCGGAGGUAAAGGCACAUGGGGGAGCUGGGGGAAGGGCAGCAGUGGAGGCACCAGUGCCAAACCUGCAGAGUCUGGCUCCGAGCCAGGCGGCCGUCCAGCCACCAGCACUCUGAACAGGUUCUCAGCCUUACAGCAGCCGUCAUCCUCCGGCCCUGCUCUGGACUCGGACAGACGAGUUCCUCAGAGAAACAGCUCGAGUCGAGAGCGCAGCGAUCGCUUCGAGCGCUCCGAUCGCGGCGAGCGAUUCGACAGGCGGGAUGAUCGGCGGGACGACCGCGAUCGUAACCGACUGCAGAUCACCAAGCGCAGCUUCAGUCGGGAGAACGAGGAACGGAGCCGGGAAAGAGAGCAGCGUGGCUCAGCCGAUCCUGUCCGCAGAGUAGCGAGCAUGACGGACGACAGAGGCAGCAGAGAGAGAGCCAGGAGCAAAGAGAAUGUGAAGCGCGAGGCGGCUGCCACCCCUCCACCUGCCCAGACCCCCACCAAGCCUGCCUUGACCGAGGAAGAGCUGAGCAAGAAGUCAACAGCCAUCAUCGAGGAGUACCUCCAUAUUAACGACAUGAAGGAGGCUCUGCAGUGUGUGCAGGAGAUGAACAGCCCUCAGCUGCUCUUUGUGUUUGUGCGAAACGGGCUGGAGUCGACGUUGGAGCGCAGCACCAUCGCCAGGGAGCACAUGGGCCUGCUGCUGCAGCAGCUCAUUAAGAACAGCAUCCUCACAAAGGAACAGUACUAUAAUGGGCUGCAGGAAAUCCUGGAGGUGGCUGAAGACAUGGCAAUAGACAUCCCCCACAUCUGGCUGUACCUGGCAGAGCUGUUCACUCCCAUGCUCCUUGAGGGAGGCAUCCCCAUGGGAGAACUUUUCAGGGAGAUUUCAAAGCCUUUGAUCCCUCUGGGUCAAGCUGGCGUCCUGCUGGUCCACAUCCUCACUUUACUCUGCAAAGAAAUGAGUCAUAAAAAAGCGGGCACGAUGUGGAGGGAGGCUGGCCUCCGGUGGAAAGACUUCCUCCCCGAGGACGAAGACGUCAACAAGUUUGUGACAGAAAAGAAUGUGGAGUUCACACUGGGCGACGAGUCGGAGGAGGAGGAGAAAAAGAAGGAGCUGAGCUCUGAAGAGCUGACCAAACAGCUGGACAGACUGAUCCAGGACAAGGCCGACAACCAGAGGAUCUUUGACUGGGUGGAGGCCAACCUGGAUGAGCAGCAGACCUCCUCCAACAUGUUCGUCAGAGCUCUAAUGACCAGCAUCUGCCAGUCAGCAAUCAUCCUUGAGAACCCUAACAAGGUGGACGGAGAGCAGAUCAAACAGAGAGCCAAGGUGUUGCAGAAGUACCUGAAGGAGGAGCAGAAGGAGCUGCAGGCUCUGUACGCCCUGCAGGCCCUGAUGGUGCAGAUGGAGCAACCUGCCAAUCUGCUGCGGAUGUUCUUUGACACUCUUUACGACGAGGACGUCAUCAAAGAGGAGGCCUUCUACAAGUGGGAGUCUAGCAAAGACCCCUCCGAGCAGCAGGGCAAGGGCGUGGCCCUCAAGUCCGUCACCGCCUUCUUCACUUGGCUCCGCGAGGCCGAGGAUGAGGACGAGUCCGACAACAGCUAGGGGCCCCUGGGACCGCCGGGCGACCCGGUGGGAGCUCGCAGAGGAUCUUCAGCGAGAGCAAACGUUCUGUGGAUGAUUCAGAAAGGCCUGAAUCAGCAAAAUCCUUCUGCAUAAACAGAAAAAAGCAAGAAAAAAAUUCUUCAACUGGGAGAGAUUGUAUUAUGGAUCGAACGUUCGAUCAUUUUUUUUUGUUUUCUUUUUUUUGUUUUUGUUUUGGGUUUCUUUGUUUUUUUCCUUGCGCAACUGAAUGUCUUUUUUUAAAUAAAUGAAAUUAAACAGAGAGAAUAGAUAUGAGAGAGAGAGAAUGCUGAGAAGCGUUACAAGCCGUCGGAGAUAAUGCUGUUUUUCCUUCAGUAUUUUUUUGAAGUCUAUCUCCUGUUUUCAAAUGGCUUGUCCUCGCCACGGCAACAAUAUUCAAGACACUUUGCUUAAUGACAGAUAUUAAAAAAAAAAAACUUUAAAAGGCUGUUCACAUCUAUAUUUUUGAUGACUUCAUCCUUUAUCAUGUGACCGCGACACGUUCAUGUCACAUGUUUGAUCUACAUGAGGCGCUUAUGUAGACGGCUAGCUUUUUGUUCCUUUUUUUUUUUCUGGUGUUGGAUGGUUGGAGUGUGCGUUUUAUAAUAAAAUAGAAAACUACAAAGAAGAGUGGCUGUCUAAGGAACAUUUCAGACAGGAGUUACACGGUUGUGGACUCCAAAGGAUUUCACACAGACUUUCCGAGGAGCGGUGUGACUGCGGAGCGGGGGCGAUGAACAUUGACCAUUUUGCUGCUGGGGGUCGACGAUGCUCCCUGACGCCCCUCAAUCCCCGAAGCCCCGAUAAACCCUCCCAUCUGUCUGUUUGACUUGUUUCCUGUGCUUCAAAAAAACUGUGGACUGAGAAAAAAGGGAGAGCAAGAGCAAGGGCUCACGUCUGCACCCUCUUACAAAGCCUGUUGUUGGAUUUUAAAAAGUUAAAAUAAAGUUAUUGAAACUUGGAAAGAAAAAAAAAAAAAGCAUACCAACAAAAAUCCACUUUAACGAAAAAGGACUUUAAAAU